AUGGAGGGGCCUCACGCACGGACCUGUGCGGAAGGGGAAUCUGGAAGGCCGCUUUGCGCGGACGCGCUGAGGACUCCAGAGCUGACAGCUCCGGUGCCUCAACCCGAAGGCUGCUGCGCCCGACAAGCGCGUCUCCGCCUCCCCGGCUGCAUCUCCCGGUCGGCGGGUCCAGCGGCCGAGAAAGGCUUCGCCUCGCCGUUCAAAUGCUUCACGGACAUGUACUCGGGAUUUGCAGGCGUCUCGUCCACGUGCGGAACGCCUCAAGACGGCCGGAGUCCGUCAACCGUCAGUGGAGCCAGCACGUGGCGCAGCUUGUCGAGUUGUGAGGAAGACGAGAAUGAUGAGACAUCCCACGCGGGAACCGCGUCGACUCUGUCCCUUGGAACCGCCUCGGAGCCGUGCGCGUCGCCAGCUUCUGGAUUCAGCGUGGAGCCUGGCGACGGCCGAGGGGCGCUCUCGUGGCUCGAGUCGGUCUCCGCAGGUGACCAAGGCGCUGGGAGCUCCCCCAGCACGCGUUGCCCCAGUGAAGACCGCGACUGGUCGUGGAAACCAAGUGCCUUCUACGAGUUCGUCGCCGACAUCAGCACCCACUUCGUUCUUCUCGAGAAGCUCGGCGAGGGCAGUCAGGGCGUCGUGUACCGUUCUCAGCGCCUGAACCCGGCGAAUCCGCUCGCGAACGCCUCAGAGGACGGAGACGCGGAAGUCUGUCUGAAGUUCUUCCUAGAAGAGGCGUUGCCGCUGCCGAUCGUCGAGCGGCUCUGCCGGCUUCGCGUGCCGCACGUCGUUCGCCACCGCCGAGCCAUUCACGACUGUCGUGGGCAGUGGAUCGUGAUGGAUUUGGCGCGAGGCCCCGAACUCCUUGCCUUGAUCAGGCAGAAGCACCGGGAGAGUCCGGAGAGAAGCUGGAGACGGUGCGGAACAGGCGCGUGCAAGGACAGGCUGUGCGCGUGCGUCGAGCAGUCCAUCGCCGGCGCGCUCGACGAAGCAGCGUGCAGUCGAUACCUGCGUCAGAUGCUGACGGCGCUUGCAGGGCUGCACGCGGAGGGGCUCAUCCACGGCGACGUGAAAGCGGAAAACUUCAUUUUGGCGGAACCCCUGUGUGGCCAUGGCGGCCGCGGGGAAACCCCGGGUUUGCCCCCAGUCCUCUUGAGUGAUUUGGGAAGUGCAGUUCCUGUGGAAGCUGCGCAGGCUUCCCGGGAACGCCGCAAGGCCCCCGCGGGAGCCGGCACGCCAAUGUACAUGGCCCCAGAGCUGUUCACGAAAUCCGGCUACGACGGGAAAGUGGACGUCUGGGCGGCGGGAGUCGUCUUUGCCCUCCUCCUUACCGGGUGCACGCCGUUUGGGAAUACAGACGUCCUGAGCUUCCUUUGGCAGCGCUACUCGAGUCAGCAAAAAAGCGGCUGCGGGUUCAAAAGAACUGCCCACAGCGCCCGGACUCCACGCUCCGGGGCAGUGCUGGUAACGCGAUGUCCCCGCGAAAACGAAUGUUUCCCGGAUGCUGCCGACUGUGUGGCGCCGGUGCACACGAUGAACUCUGUGACGCUCGACUGCAUGGCGGUAUUGGCCAGCGACAUCGAAAGCGCUGCAGAUCUCGCUCCACUGCUCGAUCCGCUGAUUGAUGCGGAACUCAGCAGCGGCGAGACGUGGCGAAAUGUCUCCGGCGAGGCGAAACGCGUCGUUCGCAGCCUGCUUCGGGUGGAUCCUCGCGAGAGGCCUUCCGCGGCACACGCUCUCGCAGACCCAUGGCUGACGCAGCUGGAGACAGGCGGCGAGGCGCGCGGAUUCCAGCAGGGCGCUUCGAGAAACUAA